UUCAGAAUCAUCAGCAACUUUGAACUGAAAAGAAUGAGAACUCAAAUUGUGACCAUCCUCUUAUUAAGCUAUCAUCUUAGUUUCAAUAGUGUUCUAUGAGACUGACUUGAUGCUGGAAAUUAAGGAUCGAUUCGGAAGUUGCCAAUUUUGGUGGCUUUUACUUGUUGUCACUCUGAACGGUAAUUGUUUGGCACACUUCCUAGCACCAGCUAUUCUAUCCACAAAACUUCAGCUGAAAGCUGACACGAUCGAAUACGUUGGUUUUCCGCAUUCAGCACUCAACGGUACAGAGGUAGAAAUACGACUUCAGUGCAUUGAUGAUUCAGAUGUGACGUUUCAAGUGCAGUAUGUUAUAAGGAGUUCCCCGUGUGAUAAGGAGUUUUUCGACGCUGGCCGACAUGUUCAAGUAAAAGAUUUAUUGAAUUUCUAUUUCGAACACGAGUGGGAGAUACCUCCCGGAUAUGACUACACCAAGAUUUUGUUUUACAAAUCUCAGCCUCAGCAAUUUAAUUGUCGUCAGUCACACGGCAUGGUACUUGUUCAGGACGAUGAACGUCCGCUUCGGCCGUUGGAAAUACAUGUUGUCAAGGAGGUAUGA